AUGCUCGAAGCUACCCCAGGGAAGCCAUGGGGUAUCGAUUUCAAAGAUUUACUCGACGUCGAGCCCGACAUGAGGCUUCGGCGCGAGAUCGCCACAAACCACAUGGAACCUGAUCAGUUCCCGAUCACAUUAACCACGUUCCCCCGCCUGGGACUGCCCGACUCUAUCCAGCCCGACUACCCUCCCUCGGGCCCAGCCUUGCGAUCACAGUUUGUGCCGGAUGAGAUUGCCAACCCCCACAUUCGGUUUCCGACAUUGGCUGCCAACAUCCGGUCGCGGAGGGGGAGGAAAGUGGAAAUCAACGUCCCCGUCUUCAAGGAUAAAAACACCCCGUCUCCUUUUCACGAUCCAACGGUCAAUUACGACCUGCAUAAAUGGCCCGAAGACGACGACGUUCGCAACGGCGCUGUCAAGCCGGAUUGUGUCUACAUGGAUGCCAUGGCUUUUGGCAUGGGCAGCUGCUGCUUGCAGAUUACGUUUCAAGCCAAGAAUAUCCGCGAAGGCCGAACCCUCUACGACCAGCUCUCUCCACUGGGCCCAAUCAUGUUGGCGCUGACCGCUGCCACGCCGAUAUACAAAGGUUUUCUGGUCGACACGGAUGUUCGAUGGAACCAAAUCUCUCGAGCGGUCGACGACCGCACCGCAGAAGAACUGGGCGAGGUGCCCCUGAAGAACGAUCGGUGGCGAAUACCCAAAUCCCGAUAUGCCAGCAAUAGCACAUACAUCGCGCAAGAUCCCCGCCUACGGCCUGAAUACAUGGACCCUGACCUGGUCGUCAACGAAGAACUCAAACAGAAGCUACUCAACGGAGGCAUGGACAACCUUCUGGCCACGCAUUUUGCGCACCUCUUCAUCCGCGACCCUAUCGUCAUUUUCUCCGAAGACCUGAAGGCCCUCGACCCGGAGGGCUCGAACCACUUCGAAAACAUCCAGAGCACGAACUGGCAGCACAUGCGGUUCAAGCCGCCGCCUCCGGACGCGGAUAUCGGCUGGCGCGUCGAGUUCCGGAGCAUGGAGAUCCAAAUCACCGACUUUGAGAACGCCGCGUUUGCCAUUUUCAUCGUGCUCGUCACGCGGGCCAUUUUGAGCUUCGACCUCAACCUGUACAUCCCGAUCCCGCGCACGACCGAGAACAUGGAGACGGCGCACCUCCGGGACGCAGUCAUGAAGGAGAAAUUCUGGUUCAGAAAGGAUCCGUUUCCGAAGAAGAGUCCGAAACAGUCGCCGGUGUUGAACGGGAUCAGCGAGCCGCCGUCGAGCGGGGAGUCCACACCACCCCCACCACAUCAACAAGAGACCACGAACCAGUCAGGCCACGCGCCAGCGUCGGCGUCAGCAGAGACCAUCGAGUCGUCAUUCGGCCCCGUCGACGAGGAGUACACACUGAUGACGAUCAACGAGGUCAUCAACGGCGGCGGCGGCGCGUGCGACGGAUUCCCCGGGCUGAUCCCGCUGGUCGAGUCGUACCUGGACAGCGUCAACAUCGACGUCGACACGCGCUGCCACCUAGCCGUGUACCUGGACCUGAUCCGCAAGCGGGCCAACGGCACGCUCUGGACGGCCGCCAAGUGGAUCCGCGAGUUCACACGCCGCCACCCGGCGUACAAGGGCGACAGCGCCGUCGGCGACAAGAUCGUCUACGACCUGUUCGCCGCGGUGCGCGACAUCGAAGAGACCCAGGAGAUGGGCAACCGCCGCAAGAAGGGCCGGGGCAAGUUUGCCACGGGCUGGGAGAUGCUCUCGGCCAAAGAACGCGCCAAGGGGGUGGAUGAUUGA